UGAAAGCACUAAACGGCCCUACACUACUGUCAAAUCAAUAACAUCAGUUUACACAUAUAAAGAGUCCUCUUUAAUAGCCGCAAAAAGAUUAGCCAGCCGUCAAAACACACAUGCGCCUUUAUCUGGAUUGGGAGAGUAUAACAAACAUUUUUAAAGCGUGUUUUCUCUCUCGGCUGCCUGUCUCGCCUCGGGAGCGCCCGGCUCAGCUGUGGCAGAGGUGUGCAGCGGGGAAAAGGUGGCCCGUGUCAUGAACUCGAGCUCCCGGGCCUCCCUUCCAGUCCCCGAGGCCGCAGAAGGACCAGAGAUCGGGCAAUCUCUAGAGCUCGGCCCUGACGUUUCGGAGCCAGGUAAUUCCGUGCUCAACACCUCUCUGAGCAGGCGUCGUGAAGGCCGCCACGACCCUCGCCUGCAAGGACGGCCGGGGCAGGAGCUGUGGCCCGGACUCGGCCAGGCCGCGCCGCUCGCAGUGCCCACGUCACCAGCUCCAGCACUGCGGAAAUGGAGCCGCGCGGCCCGGAGGGAGGUGCCGGGAGGGAGAAAUGUGUCCGCGCCGCCGCCAGGCGCCGUUCGCGCUUCAGUCCCGGCCCGCGGGCCAGCGAGCCCGCUCCGCCGCGCCCAGGGCCCUUACCUGUGUCGCCGAUGAUAAUAUACUUAAAAAGAUAGGCGUACGCCAUGGCCACGGCCGCCCGGUGCCAGGCACACGGCUCCUCCUCCUGCUACUGCUCCUCCUCCGCGCCCCGCGCCCCGCGCCCCAGCACCGCUCAGGCUCGAAACGCAGGCUCCGCCCGCCGCCGCCGCCGCCGCCGUGGCCCUCGCCGCCGGGAAGGAGGGCGGAGGAGAAGCCGGACAAACUGACACCCCCACGAAGCCGCCGGAGACAGCGCCCAACCGAGUCCAGCCGAACAAUAACAGCCGCAGCGGCGCCUCCGCCCCGCCUCCGCGCCGACCCGGAAGUACUGCAGGAGCGGCCGGCGCCGCCGGAAGGAAGGGGAGGAGACCCGCACUCAGCCCCGCCCCUCCGGUCGGAAGUGGGCCUCUGCCCGCGACUGUCCCUCCCGCACCGGGUCCGCCGCGAGUCGCGGAGGCCAAAGCGCAGGCUUCAAGUCUUGACUGAAAUCCUUGCUGGGUCUCCAGAAUCCACUUCUCUCCUCUUCCUCACAUUGCUAUAUUCCAGUGUUUGGAUGCCACAUUUCAAAGAGGCUGUCUCUCUGCUGUUCACCACUCUGCCAUCUUCCCGGAAGUCCUUUAAUGGAUUUUCAGAAGCUUCUGCUUAGUUGAUGUCAUUUGGGAAGAUGAACUUCUAGAAGGGGACCUUUUUGGUAAGAAGCAAGAAGGUGCUUGUCUGCUUGCUUUGGCUUGCUGAGGACCUUAAUCAAGUCACUGCCUUUCUGGCCUUUGGUAGGUAAACGCAUGUGUAAGAGUCCAGGGCCUGGCCAGGCCCAGCUCACUGACAGUGUAUGGAAGGACAGGGAAGAGGAAAAGCCAACUAUGAUUCCUAGAUAAUUUGGCAUUUAGUUAGGUGGGAAAAGACCAGGUGUGUGGGAAAGGAGAAGGAAGCAAAGAUUCUAUUUUGAACAGGAUUGAGAUGCCAAUAGAUGUCCACCAUGAUUUGAAUGUCCCUUCCAAAACCCAUGUUGAAAUUUAAUUGCCAUUGUAACAAUAUGGAGAGGCCUUUAAGAGGUGAUUAUUUCAUGAGAGCUCUGCCCUCAUGAAUGGAUUAAGUCCAUUAGUGGGUUUGUUAUGAAUUCUGCCUCUUCCUGUGCAUGUUUGCAUGAUGUCUGCCCUGAUGAGAUGCUAGUGCCAUGCUCUUAGACUCCCCGGCCUCCAGAAUGAUGAGCAAAUAUUUUAUUUGCUUUGCCCUUGUUCUGUUACGGCAGCAGAAAACUGUUCCAGUGGAGAUGUCAGGUGAGUGACUGCACAUUGGAAUAGGAAGCUGGAGGACUUGGCUGAAGCUGUACACUUUUACAUACCACAUAGCUGGAAUUACUGGUGUGUGGCAAAUCUGUUGUAAAUUAUUGUUGUGUUUUUACCUAUUGACCUGUCGAAUCUCUGACAUUCUUAAAGUUCACUAUAAGUUUAGCACAAUUUAAAAUAUGUGAUAAAUCAUCUCAAAUCACCUAAUCAUCACAACAAACUUGAGACUCUUUGAAAAAUAUCUUCAUAGAGAAUGAGACUGAAGCUUAGAGAGGUUAAAUAAUUUCUCCAGCCAUGACAGCUAAUAAGCAGCAGGAGAGUCUGCUGGAUCUGUCAGUCUAAUGAAAAUUCUGACCUCCACAGACAAAUUUAGAAAUGAUCAGCAUGUAACUAGUAAGGUAAACACAUUUUUCCUUCCACAAGGAAAUGAUGUAUACUUUAUGUUCAUAAACAAGGAAUAUAUGGAGUCUCUCAAGAGAACUCUCAGGAUGGAAUACAUAGUAAAUCAAGCUUAGGAACUUAUCUCUGCACAUCAAAGUAAAUCCAUCUUUCAGGAAUGGAUUCACAUUAACCUAGUUUAUGAGUCUGAUUUUUAAAAAUAGAAGGUCAAAUUACAAUGAGAAAUCACUAUCACAGAGUCAAGGAUGUCUAAAAUCCACGCAGCUAAGUUUUAUUAGUGGGUUGCGGUGAAGGGUGGCUUGAGACAGGACCUCAGGUAUGUAUGUAGUCCAGGCUGGCCUGGAAUUGUGUAGCUCAGGCUUGCCUCAGGCUCAUGGUUAUCCUUUUAUUUCAGCCUCUUGAAUGCUGGUGUUACAGAUGUGCACCACCCUGCUCAACUGCUGCUGCUGCUACUGAUUUUCAAAUUAUUAUUCUUACAAUGAGUAAAAAUGUGGGAUAGUUAGUGACCUUAAGUGAAGAGAACCCAAGUCAUCUAUGCAACUAUUAGGAUGCUCGUCCAGGAAGAAAGUCUUGUGAUGCUCAGUGCCCUUAAUCUGCUCUCUUGUCUCAUCAUCUCAACCCUGACUGCACUUUUAUCUCCCUCCAGCUUAUGUGAUUUAAUCUCAUCUGGGACAGCAUUUAUAAUCCCAGCCGUUUGGCUCCCCCCAUAGCAAAAACUGGAUUAGUAAAACACCUCCUGAAUUGUGUUGUGUGUUUCAAUAGAUAAUGCCUUUUUUUCCUUCAGGGUGGGGAUCAAGCCCAAAGCUUUGCCCAUGCAGGCGUCCCUGUAUCACUGAGUUACACCUCCAACCCAACAAUAACAUUUUUUUUUCUAUUGAGAUCUUCCUUGUUUAAGGCACUAAUCUGACAAAUCCUCCUUCUGACAGUGAUUUAGAUACCGAAACAAGUUCUGUCAAGUUAUUAUUAAAUUUUAUUUUUGGGGUCCCAUCUGGAUCUUCACUUGUUCCCACAAUUUUACUUAAGCCUCAGCUGUAUUAAUUACUGAUAAUACAACUUUAGCCAUUUAGUUUGUCUGUCCUUACUCUUUUAAUCUGUAAAAUGGGGAAAUUAUAUCAAAGUCGUGGAACUACUACUCAGUUCUUAGGAUGUGAAAAGGAUGUGAAAGCAUUCAGUGCAUAUUGUCUGUUAAGUAUGUAUCUGGUACCACUGUAUGCUGAAUUUUAAUAUAAAUUCUCAACAUAACCUUCAAGUUCUUAAAACCCAAUGAUGUGCUAUAAAAUCCAGUGAUUAUAAUAUUAGUUACAGGUGUUUUUGGAUCUGAAAAAAGGGAGGAUGUGGAGGAGUUCAAUGGAACCUAUACCAUGGACUUCAGAAUUGGGCUAAGAAAUAGUAAUCUAGGAGAUUUUUAAAAAUCAUGCAGGGAAGCUAGGUUUUGCUCAGUGACACAGCAUAUGCUUAGCACAUGUGAGGUCCUGGGUUCAGUCUCCACAUACACACUGUGGGGAACAUUAGGCAUUUAUUUAUUUACCAUUUAACAGUAUGAUGAAUAAUGGUUUUAAAGGUAUAAAAUAGCUGGGCAUGGUGGUGCAUGCCUGUAAUCCCAGCCCUUGGGAGGCUGAGGCAGGAGGAUUGCCUGAGUUUGAGGUCAGCGUGAAAUACAGAAAGAGAUACUGUCUCAAAAACAAAAUAGACAAUAAUAAAAGUACAAAAUAUAGAUUAUAGAACAGCAAAUUAUAUUUUUAUUAAAAUAUUCCAAACUCAGAUUUGUGUCAGCUUAUGUUCUUUUUGCCUCCUGCAUUACAAGUGAUAGAACCCAAAGCCCUGGGCAUGCUAGGUAAGUAUUCUACCACGGGGCUCACCCAUCCUUGGCCCAGGGGAGGUUUGAAAAGACAAAACGAGAGGGCGACAUCAGAUACUGUGACACAAUAAUCACUGACCCUAAUGAUUAAUAACAAAGCUGAGGUUGAACAGACUAUAUUCGGGCAAUGUCUAUGCAGAAGUACUUUCCAUACAAGGUUCUGCAGAGUCUUCGGUGAUAAUUACUACAGAUAAUCAUGCGUGAGCGUAUUCCCUUCGUAGUGUCCGGCUUUAUUUUUCUAGGAGGGCUAAUUCAAAAACUCUGUUAUAGUUGUUGACAGCCUGGUACUCUGAAGUUCAUGAUUGCUUGGAACUCACUAUUUAGCACAGGCUGAUCUUGAAUUUAUGAUCCUCCUGCCUCAGCUUCCCACAUGCUGUGAUUAUAGCCAUGCCUCAUUAACUUCAUUUUCAUACUGUUUCUUCCAAAUGUCACAUUUCAGCUAGGAUUAAUAGAAGUAAAGAUGUAAUUUUCCCAUCCAUAUUUGUAUCGUCCGUGGACCCUAUAUUAAGAACUGAUUGUCAAAGCACAAAAUUACAGCAGUUUAGUUAAAGGAUUUUAUUUGGCUUUUUUCUUAUUCUAAAACUAGGCAGUACUUUGUUCCUAAAAUACAGUAAAUACAUCAAUGAGCCAAGCAGAACAUGUUGGUCAUAUAAAUAUACAAAAACUUAAAAUAGAAAUAAACAAAACCCAAAAGAAAAAUUUGCUAUUUCAGAGGUAAUUUAUCUGCGAGGUAGGACAGGAAUACAGACUAAUUGGAACAUUAUUGUCAGAUGUCAGUUUAUUUCAAAUUCUUUUGUGUAAGGAUUAAAACAGAAGCAAGGAGUUGACUCCUAGAUACAUAUGAAUUACCCACACCAAAUGAAAAAUAUUUAAAAACCCUGAAUAAUCCAAUAACAGGCAAUUAAAUUGAAGCAGUAAUAAAAACUCUACCAACUAAAAGAAGCCUUGGACUGCCUAAAUUCACUGCUGAAUUCUAUGAAAACUUCAGGGAAAAUCUAAUACCAAUACUUCUCAAUUUCUACAAUGAAAUUGAAAGGGAAUUCAUACGCCCAAAGUCAUUUCUGGAAGUGACUCUAACCUUGAUUCCAAAGCCAAGGAUUCAUGCAAUAAACAGAACUAUAGACCAAUCUCUUUAAUGGAUAUAGGUGCAAAAAUCCUCAAUAAGUUACUGGCAAACAGUAGACUUCAUCCUUGGGGUGCAAACAUGGUUUAACAUACAUAAAUCGAUAAAUGUAACACAUCACAUAAUCAGAUGCAAGGAAAAAAACACAUGAUCAUCUCAGGAGUCAUGAGAAAGUCCUUGACAAAAAUCCAGCACCCUUUCAUGAUAACAUUUGAGAAAAUAGGCAUACAAGGAUCUCUCUCAAUCUGAUAAAGAUCCAUCGAUGACAAAGCUACUGUGAACAUCAUUUUAAAUGGGAAAAAGAAACAACUUUCUCUUUAACAUCAGGAACAGGACAAGGAUGUCCACUAUCACCACUCCUCUUCAACAUAGUACAAAAUAACCAAAGCAGUUAGACAAGAAAAAGACUAUGUAUGGAAUAAGUUAAGUUACUCUUAUUUGUAGACAAUUCUAUAUAGAAGAAAAAAAGACCCACCAAAA